UGUGUAUCGUUUUAUGUUUGUUUGCUUGUAGACACGGCAAUAGCUCAGCAAGCUAACUACUCCUAUACAAAACUAUACAAUAAUAUCACUCAUGUGCAUAUUAGCCUAUAUCCAUAUCUACACAACAUUAACCAGUGAUUUAAUGGCGGAAGUAAGAGAUCUCUGCAACUUCUGACCAAAGUAAGGAAUUUUGUCUACUCUGUUCUUGUAUUUUGUUUCUUCUAGGGUUUCGAACCUUCUCCAACAGCUCAAUUUGGACACCAAAAGUUUCAAAUUUGGUUUUCCAAACUCGUUAAACAAGUAGUUAUAUCGAGUACAUAAAUUAAAGUUGAAGCCGAAUUCCGAAAGCUUAGAUGCGGUUUCUAUUUUUGGAUGUGGAACAUAUCGUCAUAUGGAUCAGGUUCUGGAGAUCUGUUUUUGCAUGUUUAGAUGUUAACUUGUUCAGUUUAAGUUAAUGUUAGUUAUACUUCCAAAGCUCUGUAAACUCUAAAGUAUCGAUGAAUGUAUUUCCGAUUCAUUGUCUAUUCUUCGUCUUUUAGUGUAUACGUUUUCGUCGGAAUGUGUGUAGUAGCCGUGUGUAAUCGGAAUUUGAAACCGGAGGUUAGUUUUCAGGCGGAUUAGGUUUUUUAUACAAGAUGCCGUUUGGUAGGAAUGAGAGGAUUCGGUUUAGUAAAAUUUAUUCUCUUUCGUGUUUCCGACCUUCAACAAGUGAUGAACAUGCUCAAAUCGGACAAAAAGGGUACUCUAGAGUUGUGUAUUGCAAUGAUCCCGAGAAUCCAGAGGCACUUCAGCUCAGAUACCGGAGUAAUUACGUGUCGACGACGAAGUACACAGCGAUAAAUUUCAUUCCCAAGUCUUUGUUUGAACAGUUUAGGCGCGUUGCAAAUAUUUACUUUCUUGUUGUAGCUUGUGUUUCGUUUAGUCCAUUGGCACCCUUUCGAGCUUCCAGUAUCCUUUUUCCUCUUCUGGUCGUGAUUGGGGCAACCAUGGCAAAAGAAGGUGUCGAAGAUUGGAGACGUCGGAAACAGGACAUAAAGGCGAACAAUAGAAAGGUCCACGUAUACAGAGGCAACUCAUUUUCUCAAAGCAAAUGGAAAGAUUUACGAGUUGGUGAUCUUGUUAAAGUGAAUAAAGAUGAAUAUUUUCCAUCAGAUCUUCUUCUCCUUUCAUCAAGCUACCCAGAUGGGAUUUGUUAUGUUGAAACCAUGAAUCUAGAUGGAGAAACUAAUCUGAAAUUAAAACACGCAUUCGAUUUCACAUCUUCUUUAAACAAUGACACCUCCUUUCAUCAAUUCAAAGCAAUGGUCAAAUGUGAAGAUCCAAAUGAAGAUCUUUACUCAUUCGUUGGAAGCUUAUCCUACAAUGGUCAACAUCAUCCACUUUCACUUCAACAGAUUCUAUUAAGAGAUUCCAAAUUAAGAAACACAGAGUAUGUAUACGGAGUGGUGAUUUUCACAGGACAUGAUACUAAAGUCAUGCAGAAUGCAACAGAUCCUCCUUCAAAGAGAAGUAAGAUAGAAAGAAGAAUGGAUAAAAUAAUCUACAUUCUUUUCACCACUUUGAUUUCAAUAUCUUUCAUUGGAUCAAUCUUUUUUGGCAUAAGAACAAGUCGAGACUUAAACCAUGAAGGUUAUGGAAGAUGGUAUCUUGAGCCAACAAGAACAACUGCUCUUUAUGAUCCAAAAAGACCAAUUCUAGCUGCAUUUCUUCAUUUCUUAACAGGGUUAAUGUUAUACGGAUACUUAAUCCCAAUAUCUUUAUACGUUUCCAUUGAAAUGGUAAAAGUAUUACAAAGCAUAUUCAUAAAUCAAGAUCAAGAUAUGUAUCAUGAAGAAACAAACAAACCAGCUAGAGCUAGAACAUCAAAUUUAAACGAAGAACUCGGUCAAGUUGACACAAUUCUUUCAGAUAAAACUGGAACAUUGACAUGUAAUUCAAUGGAGUUUGUUAAAUGUUCAAUAGGAGGUGUUGCUUAUGGACGUGGGAUGACAGAAGUGGAGUUAGCUCUUGCAAAGAGGAAAAACUCGGGCAGCCCGGGCAGCCAUGGUGGUACUUCAGGCAGCCAUGGUGAUGAUGUUAUGAAAUUAGAGAAGUUGAUUAAGGGUUUUAACUUUAGGGAUGAGAGGAUAAUGAAGGGAGAAUGGGUUAAUGAAGAUAACUCAGAUAUCAUACAGAAGUUUUUUAGAGUUUUGGCUAUUUGUCAUACAGCAAUACCUGAAGUUAAAAAAGAAACAAAUGAACUUUCAUAUGAAGCUGAAUCACCUGAUGAAGCUGCUUUUGUUAUAGCUGCAAGAGAACUUGGUUUUGAAUUCUUUCAAAGAACACAAACAAGAAUCUCUUUGCAUGAAUGUGUAAAUGGCCAAAAGGUUGACAGAUCAUAUGAGCUCUUAAACAUGAUAGAAUUCAACAGUUCUCGAAAGAGAAUGUCAGUAAUCAUAAGAAACACUGAAAAUCAACUCUUAUUACUCUGCAAGGGUGCUGAUAGUGUCAUGUUUGAAAGACUUUGUAAAGAAAGUCAACCCUUUGAAGAGGAAACAAAGAAUCAUAUCAACAAAUACGCAGAAGCAGGUUUAAGGACUUUGGUGAUUGCAUAUCGUGUUGUUGAAGAAGAAGAAUAUAAAAAAUGGGAAGAAGAAUUUAUAAAAGCUAAAAAUUCAGUGUCUGUUGAACGUGAUGAUUUGAUAGAUGCUGCUGCUGAAAAGAUUGAAAGAAACUUGAUUUUACUUGGUGCUACAGCUGUUGAAGAUAAACUUCAAAAGGGGGUUCCUGAAUGCAUACAAAAACUUUCAAAUGCUGGAAUUAAGAUGUGGGUUUUAACUGGUGAUAAAAUGGAGACUGCAAUAAACAUAGGAUACGCAUCUUUAGAAAAGCUAAACGACAAGGAAGCCAUUACAAAUGCAAAGAGAGAAAGCAUCAAGAAGCAAUUGAUGGAAGGAAGAUCACAACUUGAUUUAGCUAAAAGUAGCUCUGUGUUGUUUGCUUUGAUAAUUGAUGGAAGAUCUUUGACUUUUGCUCUUGAAAAAAAUCUUGAAAGUUUGUUUUUGGAUGUUGCAAUUGAUUGCAAAUCUGUUAUCUGUUGUCGAUCAUCCCCAAAACAAAAAGCUCUUGUUACUAAAAUGGUAAAAGAAGGAACACGAAAGACAACAUUAGCAAUUGGUGAUGGUGCAAAUGAUGUUGGGAUGCUUCAAGAGGCAGACAUUGGAGUUGGAAUAAGUGGUGCAGAAGGAAUGCAGAUGAAAGGUCGAGUGAAUAAGGAGGGUGAAUGGACGGAUGUUCGACGAUGGAAACUUCCGGCUAACCAAAUGAUCACGGCGUUCUACGCGACGAACAUACCGGACGGGGCGAACUGUAACAAGUUGAGAGAGGUUUUCAUGGAGUAUGGCGAGGUGGUGGAUAUAUACAUAGCGAGAAAAAAGGAUGCCAGUGGUUCCAACUUUGCCUUCAUCAGGUUCAAAGUGAUAGGUGAUAUCAAGGCACUAGAAGGAAACUCGAAUUUGUGA